AUGGCAACCAACCAAGCAUUUGGUUGCCAAUUAGGAUGGUCUAAGGUAGACCUUGGUUUCGGUUGUAGUUUACGGAGAAAUUGUUGUGUAACAGCAGCAAUUCAAAGCUCAGAAAUGUUAUGGUUUCAUAAAUCGGAGCUCCAUCACAAAAAAGACAUCUCUGGUUCUCGUAAAGACUUGACAAUGAUUGGACAAGCUUAUCAGAAGACAUUAAUGUUGCUAGAAUGUUCUAUGUUUGCUCCUCUUGGUGGAUUAGCCUACAUCUUAAGCAGCUCCCUUGCUAUUGAGAUCUCUCGAUAUGGUGAAAUAACAGGACCUCAUCAUUUUAAGCCUAUAGGCUUUUGCGAGGUAGAGCUACCGACAGGGUUCUUUUUGGUAACCUUCGCGUGGUUGAUUCCAUUUUGCAAUAGAAUGAGAUGGAGAUAAAUGAAGCGAGAUAGAAUGCAAAACCCAAAUCUCUUGCAUCAAUAUAACACAAAUACACACAUAAUGACAAGUGGUAUAAGUUCCAUUGGUCGUACUUUAGAUUUUUUUUCAU